AUGUACGUUCGAUGCACCCGCUUCCGCCCGUCGCACUCCCUUCCGCACGCCUGCACUCUCUUCCGCUCGUCGCACUCUCUUACGCCCAUCAAACUCCCUCCUGCCGUCACCCUACUGCCCGUCGCUCUCCCUAGCGCACGUCGCACUCACUUCCGCCGUCGCCCUCCCUUCCGCCCGUCACCUUCCCUUCCGCCCGUCGCACUCACUUCCGCCGUCGCCAUCCCUUCCGCCCGUCGCCCUCCCUUCCGCCCGUCGCCCUCCCUUCCGCCCAUCGCCCUCCCUUCCGUUGUCGCCAUAGAUUCCGCCCGUCGCCCGUCGCCAUGCCUUCCGCCCGUCGCCCUCCCUUCCGCCGUCGCCAUCCCUUCCGCCCGUCACCCUCCCUUCGUCUCGUCGCCCUCCCUUCCUCCCAUUGCCCUCCCGACCACCCGCCGCCCUACCUUCCCCUCGUCGCGCUCCCUUCCGCCCGUUGCCCCCCUUUGUCUCGUCGCGCUCCCUGCUGCUCAUCGCCCUCCCUCCCGCUCGUCCCCUCGCAAUCCCCUCGACCUCGCUUUCCCCCUCCCGUCGACCUUGCUUUCCCCCUGCUCACUCUCUUUCCCUCUGCUCACUCUUUCCCCCUUCCUCAUUCUCCCCCCCCUUCCUCACUCUGUUUCCCCCUGCUCACUCUCUCCUCCUCACUCAAUUCCCCCCUGCUCUAUUCCCCCUGCUCUGUUCCACCCUGCUCACUCUCUCCUCCUCACUCGUAUCCCCCCUGCUCUGUUCCGCCCUGCUCUAUUCCCCCCCGCUCUAUUCCCCCCUGCUCUAUUCCCCCCUGCUCUAUUCCCCCCUGCUCUAUUCCCCCCUGCUAUAAUCCCCCCUGCUCUAUUCCCCCCUGCUCUAUCCCCCCCUGCUCUAUCCCCCCCUGCUCUAUUCCCCCCUGCUCUAUUCCCCCCCUGCUAUAAUCCCCCCUGCUCUAUUCCCCCCUGCUCUAUCCCCCCCUGCUAUCCCCCCCUGCUCUAUCUCCCCCUGCUCUAUCCCCCCCUGCUCUAUCCCCCCCUGCUCUAUUCCCCCCUGCUCUAUUUCCCCCCUGCUAUAAUCCCCCCUGCUCUAUUCCCCCCUGCUCUAUCCCCCCCUGCUCUAUCCCCCCCUGCUCUAUCCCCCCCUGCUCUAUCCCCCCCUGCUCUAUCCCCCCCUGCUCUAUCCCCCCUUGCGCUCUCUCUUCUCACCUCCUCACUCCGUUUCCCCCUUGCUCACUCGGGUUUCCCCUUGCUCAUUCUCUUCCCCGCUGCUCAUUCUGUUUCCCCUUGCUCAUGCUGUUUCCCCUUGCUCAUUCUGUUCCCCCUUGCUCAUUCCGUUCCCCCUUGCUCAUUCUGUCCCCAGCACCAGGUGUAG